AUCAAACGUGCCACACGCACUUUAGUAGCACACAAAGAAUAACUUUAAUUGAGUAUUAGAGAAGAUAUUCGUAAUAGAAUUUCUCGAAAAUGUGCCAAGAACAGCAACAAGUAGCAGCGGCAAUUGCCAACACCAACACCAAUACACAAAUGCAAAGUUCAAAGCUGAAGCCGAGCUAUAGCAUUAAGCGUGUCUUGCAGACACUCUUCCGUAACAAACAGCAGCAUCAGCAAAAACAAAAGCAGCAACACCGUCAACAACAACGUUUGCAGCAACAACAACGUCAACGUUUAUACAAUUCAUUGGAGUCUUUGGAGUCGCUUGAAAAUUUGCGCAAUUCCCAAAUGGAGGAGCAACACUACUAUGAAGAGAUCGAGGACAAUUCGGCCAAUGAAAAGCUAGCCGAGUUGGUGCAAGAGGUGCAGCCCGAGGACGAAGAACACGAUAUCUAUGUACCAGUACGUUUUGCACGCACCAACGCAGGCACCUUUUUCUGGACCACCAACUUGCAACCGGUAUUGAGCAGUUUUGCACCCAUUGCCGCCGAUGAGGAUCUGUUGCAGCCCAGCUACUGCUACAGCAACUCACAAUAUCCACAUAUGCAGUACCCUUAUCAGCAGGAUCGCUGGGCACAAGCUUGAAGGCUUGAAGCAGCAUAAGUGGCUAAUUGGCGGGCGUUUCAAGUAGACGCCGAUGACAACCAGCGACUGAAGUGGUGCAGAUUAACAAUGACUGGAGCUUUAGAAAUGUGUGAUACUCGUUUGUAGCCGCUGAAGUACUCGUAAUUAACUAGUAGUAGUUAUAGUUGUAAUAAUAAUACUUGCAUAGUGCACAUGUUAGUUGAAUCAACGUGCUUCCAAUUUAGUUUUUAAGAAGAUUUGCAAACAAACUUCAAGUGUUAAGGUUAUGUUUUUACUUUGUUUUCGUUUUUUUUCGCGAUAUCUUUGAUUUCUUAGUUACUAAGCGAUUUUGUGAUAAUGAAAGGCUUUAAUUUAUUUUAGUUUUACUUUAAAACGCUAAAUAUGUAUGCACUUGUAAACAAAUAUUUUUACAAAGUUGAUUACAUCUC